AAUUCAAACCAUAAUAUUAAAAUAACUAUAACUACAACAAAUGUCUCCCCUAAUAUUUAGUCUACACUGUAAAAUUUUACAGUAUAAUCUUUUUUCCUCUGAAUGAUUCGAAGUCUACAACCUUUUGCCAAAUGGCCAUUUUAGGUUUCUCUGAGCUCUUCACCCAACAAAGUUUCUUAUCAACCUAUUCACUCUUUCUUUAUUUUUCUUGAAGGUCUUUCUUAGGUCUUUUUCUAGGCUUUUUCUUAGAGCUCGAUCAACUUCAAUCAUAUAUGUUAUCUGAAAUGAAGAGUCCAAAAUGCAGUUUUAAACAACUUUUAAACUUUAUGCUCCCGAAAACGCCAAUGACAGCAGGUACACCUCUGUCAAGAGCAAACUGAACUAAUGCUUCAUGAUUAACCUGAGCAAACAACCUGACAUAAUAUAGCAAAAGUAAUGAUGCAGGAACACAACCAUCACAUAUAAGUGUAGCUAUAUUGGCUCUUAUCACAUAAACUAAAACUAUUUGAUCCGUUUGCUUCUGAUCCUACACCAUCUGUAAUCCAAUGCCAACGUAAAGCCAGCAAAACUGCAGGAUUAUUCCUCAUCUACAUAGAAGCAUUGCAUAGUAUGAAAUCUUUAUGAUUGAGGAGUCAGAGUCAAAAAAUGAACAGACCGAAUGGUAAAGUAGAAAGAAAGAGUUACCAAAAUUAAUCACACUAUGCUUAAAAGAAGGCAAGGAAUUCAAAAAAAUGUUUUCUGGAGAUAUAACCAGCUUAUCUAAUCCUAAUUUUUCACUAAAAAAAACUUUCAUUCUCCUAAAUGCCAACAUUAAUGUUCUCAUUUCAGCUUUUGCUUCUAAUGAAGCAAACAAACACGUUGCAAGUUUAUGAUACAUUAACAUGGAAAAAAAAAAUCCAGUUAUUGAUCAUCAACUCAUUAGUUACCACUUAAUAAACAAUGAGGGUAAGAAGUUGUUAACAAAAUGUUAGACGGAUACAACUUAUGAUUACAAACAUAGAGAAGGAAAUAAGUGCGAAAAAUAAAUAUUUAAAUAAUUAAAUUGAAGCCAAUGUUCAUGUACAACAUAGACAGUAAUUAAUUUAAUUGGAUAACAAAGAUAAUAGUUGAAUUAUAUGUGCUUAACAAUUAUUUUACAAGUAUAAUAGGAAGCCAAAUGAAAUCUAACGUAAAACAUUAUCGUAUAGGUGUUUAAUUGCCAAGACCAUUGUUUAUAUAUGAAUAAUUGUGUGUCUCUAUCUCUAGACACAACUAAGAGUUCAAAAUGUUAACUGUGAUGGAGAUAAUAUUUAAUAUAUGUUUAAUAAAAGUAUCAUUUACAUGAAUUUUUUAAAAAAGGACUUGUGUUUUUAUCACCAAAAUUUUCCUUAUUAAUUAUCCAGAGCACUAGCAUUUCAAUAUAUAUUCAUGUACUUUAACAAAGUGUGCAUAAAAUAUACCCACAUUUGUGCAAUAUCUGAAGUUUUUGGAUGGUAGACGUAAUAGACACGGAGCAGAUCAGAUAGUUUGACAUUAUAUUUUCUUUAUAUUACCACUUAAUAACUAUUAAUAUUACUAGUUUAUUUUAAAAUUUUAUUUAUGUUUAUUUUUAUUAGGGUUAUUACUACAAGGAAUUGUAAAGUGAGAGGUAUAAAAAAAAUUGGGUGUGAAAUGAUCAUUUUUUUCUUUUUUUCUAAUGACACUUGUGUUACUUGGAUAUUCCUGCUAUAUUCUUUUCCACUCGCUAGGUCUCUCUGCAUUCUUUAUUUUGGUAUCUCUCCUUCUCUCUAGUUCUUCUUACACGUUCUCUUUUCUCUCUCUCUCUCUCUCUCUCUCUCUCUCUCUCUCCUGCAGAAAAUAGAAAGGAGCGUCUCCUUCUGCAUAGUUUGAUGGAAAUGAAGGAGAAUUCAGUUAAGGCACCAAUUCCGGAACCUGUUGAACCUGUAGCUCCAUCAACCAGGAGCAAAACCAAGUCCGUGGAAUAUGAAGAACUCUCCUUGGAAAAGCAAAUUUUUCAGGCUUCCCCAUUCGUCGUCAUUAGCGCAGCUCUAUCGUUUAUAUCUGCGUUCAUCUAUAUGCUCUUUUCGCUUCUUGUAUUCGCAGCUCGUUUCCUCUUUGUUUAUCUAAAUGCCGCUACCAAUUGGCUAAUGAAAACCACGGAGAAAUUAAACGCCAAGGGUAAGGGAAGAGAGAGCCACGUGAAUCGUGGAGAAACCAACAAUUUUCUGGAAGCUAGUUUCAGUGGGAAAGAUAAAGAGACAAGGAACACAGAAACCAAUAACCCUAAUCAACAUGGCAACUACAAAGAGAAUGAAAGAUUGGAUGCUUCCAUCAUUACUGGCUGCCAAACUGUUAAUUCUGUUGACCAUGGCUAUGCAAUUGAUAACUGCUUUAACAACUAUGGCGACGGGGAGCAAGACUACAGCUAUUGUGAGGUUAACAGUUCUACAAGUAAAGAUUCCUAUAACAACCAUGCAUCGGGCCUACAAGCUCUCAGCGGUGCAAACAUUUGCACUUCUAAAAUUGAAGAUGCCUUUAACAACAUGAGCAAACGUGACCAAACUUUUAGGGGUGCAACGAUUGGCAAUUCUAAGGAGCCCAAAGCAAUUCGUCGUGUCUACAACAAUCGAAAGAACGGAGUCCAAAACUACGAUGGUUAUACAAAUUUGCUGGGGAAAAAUAAUGAAUGAACACCAAAGUCUUGACAUUCAAGAGAGAGAAAAAGUAUGGAUUUUACAGACAGUUAUUGUUAUCAUGCAAUUUAUUUAUCGUAUCUCAAGACUAUGUUUAUUGUUGGUAUGCAUGCAUGGAACACCAUAUAGAACCGUUUGAAGUUAAUAGCUAUAUGUUCUACUCUUCUUUCGCAUAUGAUUUCUCCUUCGUUUCAGUUUCACACAUUUUAAAAUCUGCAUGACAUGUUCUAAACAGAUUGAUCAAGGAUUCAUCUAAAUGUAAUUAGUUUAGUUCAAUUAAGAUCAGAACUGUUCUUUCAUCAGUUGCAGCUAGAAGGGUUGGGACCAGAAGUUAGUUUACAUUUAUGAAAAACAACUUGUUGAAGUUAAAGUUUAUUUUUUCUGUAGAAGGAUUAGGUAACCUUAUUGUUAUAUAUUUUAUACUAUAUAAUAUAUUUAUGUAGUUGUUUAAAAUAAACUCGGAUCAAAUCAUGUUUCAGAAAAUCAGUUUAAAGCACUAUUGGUUUUUGUGAUUUUUUUUUUCUUAAUCACAUUGGCCUUUGUAAGUACGGGAAAUGAAG